ACAAAUUGCAACAUCAUUGAUAUUUGCCGCAUCAUACCCGGAUAUGAUGACGUUUCAUCGGUUUUCUUGCAACUUAUAAUAGUUUUGCAAAUACACCCAACAAGGCUUUUGUGCUCCACUCGUAUUUCAAUAUAAAUGUGAAGGACGCCCGUAUCAUGGGGUUCUAAUAUACAGUCAUGUGAGUUCUCUAGUAUUAGCAAUUACCGCCAAUAGAUCAACGAAAAUGCUCGUGAAAUAUAGUCUGAUCACCGUUCUGGCAACAUCCGCGCUGGCUCAGAAUGCAACAUUGCGCUACAUGCCCUUUGGCGAUUCGAUAACGGAGAUCAUCUGCUGGCGUGCCAAGCUUUGGGAGAAGCUUCAGUCGACAGAGUGGGCAAAUGUGAACUGGGUUGGUUCGGGUACGACGGAAAACAACUGCAAGGACACGAAAUAUGACCAUGACAACGAAGGUCAUUCCGGGUUCUUGGCUAUCAACAUUGCGAAUAACAAGCAGCUGGUCGGUUGGCUGAAACAGAACCCUGCGGACGUGAUCACCAUGCAUCUUGGCACGAAUGAUAUCGUGCAGCAGAACAAGCCUGUCAACGACAUUAUUGCUGCGUUUUCUACGCUCGUGCAAGUCAUGCGAGAUAGCAACCCAAAGAUGAAGAUUAUUGUAGCACAAAUCAUCCCGAUCAACUUGGGUAACUACAACACGCAGAUUCAAGCCCUUAACAAGGCCAUUAUACCUUGGGCACAAUCAAAGAACUCGACUGAUUCGCCUAUCUGGGUUGUGGACCAGUUUACGGGCUUCAGUAGUGCUAGUGACCUUCGGGACGGGGUUCAUCCUAACGACGCAGGCGACACGAAGAUGGCAAAUAUCUGGUAUCCCGCUCUGGUCCGCGCAUUUGAGGUUGCAAAGGCGGCAAGUACUUCUCCACGGGAUGUCGGAGUCACCUAUGUAGCUUGAAGUGCCCAGCGCCAAACAUGUGGUAGAAAGUCCAGCUGAGAUGUCGAAUCAUGGAUAUUGGCAAACAAAGUAGAGUGCGCAGAAUGAAAAAUGAGUAGUUCCUUCUUAG